UCUGUGAGUGAGACCAUGAUGCAUGAAACCGUAAUGCUUCUUCAGCUCUGCCUGUUGAUAUUGCUCUUCCUCUCUGCAUGGUCACCAACUGGGCAUGCUGAAUACAGUAGCCUUCUAGAAGCAGUGAUACCCAUGAGGGUCACUGGUACUAGAAAACAUACUUCCCCGGACUGGCUGUCCUAUAGCCUGCAAUUUGGAGGAGAAAGACACAUUAUCACCAUGAAGCCCAAGAAAAACUUGAUGUCCAGAAACUUCAUACUAUUAACUUACACUCAGGAAGGUGGUCUCCUUGAAGAACAGCCUUUUGUGCAGAAUGACUGCUACUACCAUGGCUACGUGGAUGAAGACCCUGAAUCCCUGGUCAUUGUCAACACCUGUUUUGGGAGUUUGCAAGGCACACUAGAGAUAAAUGGCACAACUUAUGAAAUCAUGCCCAAGAGCUCAACGUCAACAUUUGAACAUCUGGCUUACAAAAUGGACAGUGGGGAGUCAGAAUCAUUUCGCAUGAAAUGCGGCUUAACAGAAGAGGAAAUAGCACAACAAAUGAAACUUCAAAAAAGCAAUGACUCUACACUUUUGCAAAACCCAUAUAAGAAGUGGUCGAUCUACCGUAGGUUGAUUGAAUAUUUUGUGGUAAUAGACCAUAAACACUAUGUUCAUAGAAAUAGCAAUGCCACAGUUUGUAUUCAAGAUAUGUUGCAAAUAGUCAAUGGAAUAAAUGGUUAUUAUCUUCAAAUACAGACUGAUGUGGUUUUAACCACUCUUGAAGUGUGGAAUGAAAAUAACCAUGUCAAUGUAGAACAAAAUAUACACAAUGUCCUAAAUGAUUUCUGCAGCUGGAAGCAAAAUAGCAUAGGCAAUCACAUUAGACAUGAUGUCAUACACCUUUUUGUCAGACACAGAUAUGAUAUGUAUUUCGCAUUAGCUUUUGUAGGUACAGUUUGUACACAAAAUAAUUGUGCAGUUAAUAGUUUCAUCUCUGAUUCAAUGUCAGACAUGGCAUUCACUAUAGCACAUGAGAUGGGUCAUAACUUGGGCAUGCUGCAUGAUGUAAGUACAUGUACAUGUGGGUUAAGUAGCUGCAUAAUGGCCCCAUAUAAAUCGAAUUCUCCAAAAUUCAGCAACUGUAGUUAUGAAGAUAUGUUUUCAGUUGUUAACAAAAGAAGUUGUUUAGACGAUAUUCCAGAUGCACUAAGAACAACAAACCUGAUGUCGAUCUUGUGUGGGAAUAAGUUGGUUGAAGAAGGAGAGCAGUGUGAUUGUGGGAACUCCAAAUCCUGUUUAAAAGAUCCAUGCUGUAGCAGUAACUGUGUUCUCAAACCUGAUGCUCAAUGUGCUUUGGGACUUUGUUGCAAAGAUUGUCACUUCCUUCAAAGAGGUACUGUGUGUAGACAAGAGAUAAAUGAGUGUGACCUUCCAGAGUGGUGCAAUGGAACUUCAGCUGAGUGUCCAGAAGAUGUGUACAUAACGAAUGGAAGCCCUUGCUCAGGUGGAGGUUAUUGCUAUAAAAUGACAUGUCAUGAACGUGAGACACAGUGUAAGAAGAUUUUUGGCAAGGAAGCCAGGAGUGCAGAUGAAGCUUGCUACAUGGAAAUGAACAAACUGGGUGACCGUUUUGGUAACUGUGGUAAAAGUAGCUCUAACUACAUAGGAUGCAAUAUCGCUGAUGUACUCUGAGGAAAAAUUCAGUGUGAUAAUGUGGAAGAGAUUCCACUGAGGAGAAACCAUGAAACACUGCAUUGGACUCACUUCAAUAAUUUCACCUGCUGGACUAUGGACUAUCAUUUGGGUAGUACUCUAGAGGACCGUGGAGCGGUGGACGAUGGCACAGCUUGUGGACCAGAACAUAUAUGCAUUGAAGGAAAGUGUGUCAGUAAGUCUAUUUUGUUUAGUAACUGUUCAGAAAGUCUAUGCAAUAUGCAUGGUGUCUGCAACAAUAAACACCACUGCCAUUGUGAUGUCAUAUGGGAACCACCAGACUGUCUACUACCUGGCUUAGGAGGUAGUACCGACAGUGGACCAUCUUUUCGGACAUUUUCUAGUAAGAGGACGACUGGUAAAGGUAAAAUCCUGGUCGGGCUUAUUAUUCCUUUUACUUUUGGAAUAUUCUUUUUAAUUUUGCUAAUUUUGAUGAUAACAUCAUCCUGA